AUGGAGCAGGGCAAUUAUUCCGUGUAUGCCGACUUUAUCCUCUUGGGUUUGUUCAGCAACGCCCGUUUCCCCUGGCUUCUCUUUGCCCUCAUUCUCCUGGUCUUUGUGAUCUCUGUAGCCAGCAACAUGGCCAUGAUCAUUCUCAUCCACAUAGACUCCCGCCUCCACACCCCCAUGUACUUCCUGCUCAGCCAGCUCUCCCUCAUGGACAUCCUGUACAUUUCCACCAUUGUGCCCAAAAUGCUGGUGGACCAGGUGAUGAGCCAGAGAGCCAUUUCCUUUGCAGGAUGCACUGCCCAACACUUCCUCUACUUGACCUUAGCAGGGGCUGAGUUCUUCCUCCUAGGACUCAUGUCUUAUGAUCGCUACAUAGCCAUCUGCAACCCUCUCCGCUACCCUGUCCUCAUGAGCCGCAGGAUCUGCUGGUUGAUUGUGGCGGCAGCCUGGCUGGUAGGCUCUAUGGACGGUUUCCUGCUCACCCCCGUCACCAUGCAGUUCCCCUUCUGUGCCUCUCGGGAGAUCAACCACUUCUUCUGCGAGGUCCCUGCCCUUCUGAAGCUCUCCUGCAUGGACACGUCAGCCUACGAGACAGCCAUGUAUGUCUGCUGUAUUAUGAUGCUCCUCAUCCCUUUCUCUGUCAUCUCAGCCUCGUACACAAGAAUUCUCAUUACUGUUUAUAGGAUGAGUGAGGCAGAGGGGAGGGGAAAGGCUGUGGCCACCUGCUCCUCACACAUGGUGGUUGUCGGCCUCUUCUAUGGGGCUGCCAUGUACACAUACGUGCUGCCUCACUCUUAUCACACCCCUGAGCAGGACAAAGCUGUAUCUGCCUUCUACACCAUCCUCACUCCCAUGCUCAACCCACUCAUUUAUAGCCUUAGGAACAAGGAUGUCACAGGGGCCCUACAGAAGGUGGUGGGGAGGUGUAUGUCCUCAGGAAAGGUAACCACUUUCUAA